AUGCAGUGUGAUUUUUCUGAUUUGAACGUUUUAUUGAAGGCAUCUGCCAAAGAAGAUGUGAUACGAAUAUGUGAAGAGGCGUUUUUAUACAGAAAUCAGACCAAACUACCUGAUAAUAUUAUAAAUACAACUAUUGGUAAACUAGACAUAGAUAAAUCAGCCUCUUUACAGCUUUAUAAAAGUUUAGGAAGUUUGUUAAAACAGUCAGUAUUUCUGGGUUCUGCUGAUCCACAGGAUUUAGUUAAACUUUAUCCAGGAGAUUUUCAGAAGAAUUUACGAGAUUUGUUGAUUCGAAUAACGAUAGAUCACAUGACCAACUGGAAAUCCAUCGCUAACUCUAGUCAAGUAUCAUUACCCAACUUGGUAGAUUUUGAUUGGAGAGUCGAUGUUAAGACUGCAUCCGAUUCCAUUGCCAGGAUGUCAGUGCCAACUUGUAUUUUGAACAUGCAGGUACAAGAAAGUCGCAGUAAAAGUGACUCUAUGUCAGACAUUAAUGGAAUCCAGGUACAAGAAAGUCGCAGUAAAAGUGACUCUAUGUCAGACAUUAAUGGAAUCCAGGUAGAAUUAUCAAAGGAAACUUUAGAAACUAUGUUAGAUGGACUGUCGAAAAUAAGAGAUCAGUUGAAUUCGGUAGCUCAGAGAUGA